AGUAAAUUCUAACCAAAGUUUUGCUCUGCACUCUGCCGCUCCAGUCGCUCGUCGCUGGAUCUACUCCAUGGAGUUCCGCUUCCGCGCCGGGGACCGCGGGCCGCCCGGCCCCGGAGGCUCCCCGCAGGCACGGUCCUCCCACCCCCGCGACGGCUACACCGGUGCCGGUGCGCAGGGCACGCAAGCAGGGCCUUCGCCUUCGCCUUCGCCUUUGCCGCGGCCGCCGCUCGACUGGGAGGCGGCGCGGCGGGAGCACCUCAUCCGCGAGGAGGUGAGGCGGCGGCUCGUCGAGGAGGAGGUGCGCCGCGAGUUCGAGGCCAAGGGCGACCUCGCCUUCGCGCGCGGCCUCCACGGGGGCUGCUGGGGGCCCGACCCGUUCCUCGCCCUCGGCUGCUUCAUGCCGCCGCCGCACGCGCCGAUGCCGAUGCCGAUGCGCCCGCCCCCGUACGCACCGCCGCCGCCGCCGGUGCCUUUCGACGAGUUUGGUGCCUGGCAGGGGUUUGGGCCUCGCCGGCACGCGGGAUUUGGGGAGAGGAUGCCGUUCCCCUGUGAGGAGAGGGGGUGGUCUCCGCCGCCGCGGAAGCCGAAGCAUAAGCUCAAGCUGGUUGAGAUCGAGCCCUCCGGGACACCCGAGGCUCUUUCGCCAAGAUUGAAGGUUCCAAGGAUGAAGAGGAAACCAGAUGCAAAUGCUGCAGCUACUGUACCAAAGAAAGUACAGAAACUAGCCAAGGACUGGAGCUGUGCACUAUGCCAGGUUAGUGCAACAUGUGAAGCUGGUCUAAAUGAGCAUCUCGGAGGAAGAAAACAUAAGGCCAAGUUGGCCCUGUGUGGCGCCAGCAAGGCUAUCAAAGAUGACAAAAACUGCUCGCAGACGACCACUGGGAAUAAGAACAGCACAGAUCCUUGUGAUGCACAUAAGAAAGUACACAUGCUAGUAGACGGUGAAAUGCAUGAAGUUGUUCAGAAGAACAACUAUCUGUGGUGUGAUCGCUGCAGAGUCAGGUGUGAUAGCAACGUCAUCAUGGCUGGUCAUCUGAGGAGCAAGAAGCACAGUAAAUUAAACAAGGUUUGGACAUCGAUAAAGGCUGUGAGGACAAAUACCGAUACUAAGGAAGGUUUGGCUUCUUAUGGAAGUCAGGUAAAUACAAACCACUCUACUGAAACUCCAGCGGUAAUUGAAGGCGACAUAAAUAUGACCAGUGAAGUAGAUGAAAGUAACCCUGUAGAAAAUCCAGCCAGGAAAGAAAUCACAAGCAUCACCACCGAAGUAGAAAUUCCAGCGGUAAUUGAAGGCGACAUAAAUAUGACUAGUGAAGUCGAUGAAAGCAGCCCUGUAGAAAAUCCAGCCGGGAAAGAAAUCACAAGCAUCGCCACCGAAGUAGAAAGUAUAGCCAUGGCUACCGAAGUACAUGAAAAUAACCCUGUGGAAACUCCAGUUGAAACAAAGAAGGAAAGCACAGAGAUGACAAAUGAUGUGUGACGAGUUGUGCCAAAGGAGGAGUAACAGUAUACCUGCUCUUUAUCCAAGCUUCUUGCUUCUACCCUUUCAUUGGACAUGAUCUUAUCGUGGAACGUAUGUGGGGUUCUCUCUUACCAUCCACAUGUAGUUUAUUGGGUAACAAUAAUGCAUAUGCGCAAUGUUUUCUUGUUAAGUUUCUUAGAUAAUGGUAAUCAAGGUAGAAUCUUACAAGUCUAUGAAUCCAGUGCCAUACAUGGCUUCUAAGGUAUCUAACUUGAUUACCAGUGUCUAAGCAACUUCCAUGAGAAACAUUGCUGCCUAGAAGUAUGUGUUAUUGUUACUCAUUGGACAUGUCUUUGACAUGGAGAUUUCUUGUAUCCAGUUUUUAUUGUCGUCCUCUGUUUAUGUGUAA